AUGUUACAUUGCCUGCAGCAGUGGCCGGUUGACCUAUCGGGUGAUUCAAUCAGAUAUCAUGGAUAUGACAUUUUGAACGGUACACCGCGUGGCCUUUCCGGCGUGCCUGAACAGCUGCAUUCGCUUCGUUUCAUCGCCAGAAGCCAACUGGACAAGUCUUUGGAGCCUUUGCAGCCUUUGAAGCGGGCGACGCGGCCUCCGCCCCUCGUGGGGUUUCCUAAAGCGUGCAGUCUGACGGAUUCCGCCUUGACUCGUCAUCUCCAGGGCUAUAAAUGUGAGCAACGCCGGAAAGGAUCAGGGUUCUAUAUUGUCUACGACCCCAUAUCAUUAUAUAUGACACUGUUGCCUGUCCCAUCGAGGAUAUUGCAUCGGCUUAUCCUCCUGGGCAUCGCAGUUCUCUCCUAUCUGGCGGCAGUGGCUUAA